AUGGUGAUGAUUGAAGGGAAGGCUAGUGAUCAUUAUGCUAGAAUUUGGGACUAUGUUGCAGAAAUACAAAGAUCCAACCCUGGUAGUACUGUGCAAGUGGGUGUAAACCUUAAUCCUGAUGGAAAACAUUACUUCUAUAGAUUCUAUGUAUGCUUUCAUGCAUUGAAAACAGGAUGGAUUGCUGGAUGUAGGAGAGUGAUAGGAUUAGAUGGGUGCUUUUUGAAAGGGCAAGUAAAGGGUCAACUCCUAACACCUAUAGGAAGGGAUGCCAAUAACCAAGUAUAUCCUAUAUGUUGGGCUGUGGUAGACAUUGAGAACAAGCAAAACUGGAAAUGGUUCUUGGAGCUUCUUAGUGAGGAUGUUGGAGUACAAGAGGGUGGAGAUCUUAUAGUUAUAUCAGACCAGCAUAAGGGGCUACUUGAAGCAGUAAAGGAGGUCUUUCCAAAUGCGGAGCAUAGACAAUGUGUUCGCCAUAUAUACGCAAACUUUAAGAAGUCAUAUAAAGGAGAAGAGUACAAAGAUCUGUUUUGGGCUGCUGCUGGUUGCACUGUCGAACCUGAAUUCAUAUCUGUGAUGGAGAGAUUGAAGGCUAUAGAUGUGGGUGCAUAUGAAUACGUAAUGUCCCAUAACCCAAGCUCAUGGAGUCGUGCUUACUUUUGUCAAGAUAGAGCAUGUGAGGCUUUUGAGAACGGUGUUAGUGAAAGCUUCAAUGCGAUGAUUGUUGAUGCUAGAAAAAGGCCAUUGUUAACAAUGUUGGAGAUGAUACGUUUAAGUGUCAGGGAGAGAGUUUCUUUUAUGUAUAACCUACAACAAAUGUGGGAGGCUCCUAUUUGCCCUGCAAUCAUUACGAAAUUUGAAACAUUUGGUGAACACUACAGGUCAUGGUCUGUCAUACCAAGUGACGGAGGGCAAAAUCCAGAGGAUUUCAUCAGUCCUUGGUUUUCAAGUGAAAAACUCAAGGAGAGUUAUUCUACUUUUUUACAACCUAUGAAUGGUAGCAACCUAUGGCCAAAGACUCCUUAUGAAAAACCUUUGCCACCUAUGUCUAGGCGGAUGCCUGGGAGGCCUACUGUGAACAGGAAGAAGCAUGUCAGUGAGAAAGGAGACUGCAGAUCUAGGAAAAGAACUGUUAAGUGUAACAAUUGUCAACAGUUUGGGCAUAAUAAAAAGUCAUGUAAGAAUCCUACAAAGGAGCCUAAGCCCAAACCAAAAAAGAAGAUAGGAAGGCCAAGUGUGGAGAAGAUUGAAGGUACUUCAAAAAGACCAAGAAAACAAAAAAAAACUAAAGUUCCAAGUGCAUAUUCACAAGCAAUUGCUGAUUUGCGGGCGUCUGGAUACAUUUCCCAAGAAAUUGAGGAACUAAUGGGUACAAUGGAUGAUUUUACCCAAGAACCCGUGCAACUACGAACAAUGGAUGAUGUCAUUUUUGUCCCUGAAACUGUAGCGGGAACAACAAUGGAUGAUGUCACACUUGAAGUAGAAGGCAUUGAAGAAACACUAAUGGGUGAUGUAACUUUUGUACCUGAAACUAUUGCACUUGGUUCGACCGGACAUAACCAAUGA